CCCGCAUGUUUCUACAGCGUGCGCUCCUGCAGUCUCCCUGUCGUGCGUAAUGAUCACGGAGACCUUCAGGAGUUUUAAAGGAGGAUGUCGCCUUCCAAGUCAACACAAAGUGACCUGACAAAUUCCCUGGCGGUGAACUGAGAGGAUGGGAAUGUGAAUUUAUGGAUCAUUGGAUAUAUAGAUCCCCGCGCCGUAGAUGAUGGAAAUAUUGGGUUAUCAAUGUAUCUGAAGGUCUGUAUUCUUUUGGGAUCAAUUACCAGCUGUGUCGUUUAAAAGGGUAAAGUAGUUAGAAAGGAUGGGACGCCUAGUCAGUUAACAGCCUAAACCAUGAACUGUUUAUCUAAAUGGAGAGAUGGCAUGCGUGCUCAUCUUCAGUCGACUUUUCCCCUUUUCGCACCGGCUCAGAGGAACAUCAUUUUGCAUCGUAUCUCUUUUUCUUUCGUUUUUGUGUUAUUGUGCGCUUUUUCCUGGAGGUGCUGUCAUGCAAAAGUCAGAUGAUCCAACACCCAGCUGUCUGCGAACUGCUGGAGCGAAACUGCGCCUUCAGAAACCACUCACCUGUCUCUCUCCGCUGGACGCAAGAAAGCGCAGCGCCGCUGAUGAGGCAUCGCAGCCGCAAGGCGAGCAAAGACGCUCUGCAGCCGUCAGGGACAAUACCCCCAGUCCCCCGAUGAGUCACCUAAAGUUCGGUAAUAAAAAGUUACCAAACGCCAUCAUAGUUGGGGUUAAAAAGGGAGGAACAAGGGCGGUUCUGGAGUUUAUUAGAAUUCAUCCGGACGUCCGAGCAGCUGGGACCGAAACUCAUUUCUUUGAUAGAAAUUAUGACAGAGGUCUGGAGUGGUACAGAAGUUUAAUGCCAAGGACCCUUGAAAGCCAAGUGACGAUGGAGAAGACACCAAGCUACUUUGUGACCAAAGAGGCUCCGCGCCGGAUCUCUGCCAUGUCCAAGGAAACUAAGCUCAUAGUGGUGGUCCGUGACCCUGUCACUCGAGCAAUAUCAGAUUACACUCAGACUUUAUCCAAAACCCCAGACCUGCCAAGCUUCCAGGAUCUGGCCUUCAAAAACCAGAGCAUGGGCAUUGUUGACAUGUCCUGGAAUGCCAUCCGAAUCGGACUGUAUGCUCUACACCUGGAGAACUGGCUGCGUUACUUCCCUCUGGCUCAGAUUCACUUUGUCAGUGGAGAGCGUCUUAUCACGGACCCGGCUGGGGAGCUGGCCAGGGUGCAAGACUUCCUCGGACUGAAGCGCAUUGUCACCGACAAACAUUUCUAUUUCAACCGCACAAAGGGCUUCCCUUGCCUUAAAAAGCCAGAGAGUAGCGCUUCACCUCGCUGCCUGGGAAAGUCUAAGGGCAGAACUCACGUGCAGAUCAACAGGGAAGCUAUUGAGCAACUUCGAGACUUUUACAGGCCUUAUAAUGUUAAGUUUUAUGAAAUGGUGGGCCAUGACUUUAAAUGGGAGUAGAUGUUUUACUUUGUUUUUUUACAUGGAAAAGUUACAGUAGAUAAAAACUGUCUGCACAGCAAUGCUAAAAUGUCACAUGUUUUCAUGUAAAUAACAAUGUUCUAAGACAUAUAACCAAUGCAAGUCAGUUCAAAAACUAAUUACAAUCUUUUCAGGAAUAAAAUAAAAUACAAAAAAAAACUCACCAUCAUAUAAUUGGAGAUGUUACUUCACUAUAUAUUGGAGAAAAUAUGAAGCAACAAAACUGGUAAAAGAUGAGAAGAAACUUUGUCAGGUAAGAUACCAAAAGGUCAAAAGUAACAUUUAAAGAACAGCAGAACUUUCUGGCCAUUAGUGGAAACUAUGUGUUUGGUAUAAAAACAACGUCCUAAAAA